UUCGCGCGGAAUAGCGCAGCCGCAUUUGACUUUCCGCACUCGAGCUCUCGCACAACCCUAUCAGUAAUCAUCGAGCUUUCACCGACUCAACAAUGCAUGAAACUGUCAUCACAGAGAAGGCAAAUCCAGUCGCGACCGUUUACGAUCACAAGAAAGAUCUGCAGCUGAGCCUUCAGCUGAAUCGUUGGAUGCUGGAGCUAAUCGGUGCGUGGCCGAAAUCCACAAUCUCAUGGACAGAGAGAUACGCGUACAGGCUGUUGAACGUGAUUUGCACCAGUUUAAUCAGCUUCCUCGUCAUACCUGCCGUCGUCUGCAUAGUACUCGAAAUGAAUGACUCAUACAUUAUCUUGAAACUUUCUGGAGCGCUGAGUUUCUGCGUACUGGCCGUCGUGAAGUAUUCCUCGCUGAUUUUCCACGAGAAAGACAUUCGCAGGGGUAUCAAGCAUAUCGAGAGCGACUGGAUAAAUACUCGACAUUACGGUGAUCGGAUCAUCAUGAUUAGGAGCGCGAAAUUCGGCCGACGCCUCGUAACGAUCUGCGCGUUCUUCAUGUACGGCGGUGCCGUCUUCUUCUAUCUCGCUCUGCCGUUCAGUGUCGGCAAGAUUACGGAGAGUGACGGAAACCUGACGUAUCGGCCAUUAGUGUAUCCGGUCGCCAGAGCAAUCGUCGACGUACGAUACAGUCCUGUCAGUGAGAUUUUCUUCUGGAUGCAAUGCUUGUCGGGUUUCCUCGCGCACUCCAUCACCGCCACUGGAUGUAGCUUGGCCGCCGUGUUCGCGAUGCACGCCUACGGCCGUAUGGAAAUCCUAAUACGGUGGAUCGAGCAUUUGCUGAACGAACGGAAAGAUUUGUGCGAUACCAUGGAUGAGAGAUUGGCGAUGAUCGUGGAACAGCACGUUCGAGUUUUACGUUUUAUAGCACUAACGAACAAGAUACUGCGCGAAAUAUCUGUCGUGGAAGUUGUGCAGUGUACAGUAAGCAUGUGUCUUCUUGGAUAUUAUGUUAUCAUGGAAUGGGAGAGCAAAAAGACUACAAGUUAUAUAACGUAUAUUGUCCUGCUUCUAUCUUUUACGUUCAAUAUUUUUAUAUUUUGUUACAUCGGCGAACUUGUUGCCGAAAAGUGGAAGAAGAUCGGCGAGGUAUCGUACAUGAUCGAUUGGUAUCGUUUAUCAGAAAGAAAAGCCCUCGAUGUCGUGUUAAUGAUUGCUAUGUCCAAUGCAUCGAUCAAAUUUACCGCUGGAAAUCUCUUCGAAUUGUCCUUCAGUACCUUCAGCGACGUGAUUAAGACAUCAGUCGCCUAUUUUAACAUGCUGCGUACAUUAAAUAUAUAAAACUUGUUCAAAGGGUAAAAAUUAUUAAUGCAAC